GGCGGCGCUGGCGGGGCGCGAGGCGUUAUCCCGCUCGGCCUGCGCAGGCAGAUCCCCCGCAAGCGCCGCCGCCUGUGCUUUGGAGGCGGCGGGUGGCUGCUGAGGCUCUGCCUGCCGCUUCCCCGAAGUGAGCAACGCCAAUGGCCUCUGCCGCCUCACACGGCGUUGCUGAUCCGGGGGGGGGGCCGCAGCAGCGGCGCAGGUUUCCCGCCGUGCUCCUGCAGCCAGAGCAGGACAAGCCCACGCCGUGGUCUGAGGCUGCCUGCAAAAGGGCGCCUCUUGUGCCAGUGGGCUGAGCCCUAAGGAGCUGUGCUGCACCCACUCCUGCGCGUCCCCUGUGAGCUCCCUGCGCACCCCAGUUGCCCCACUCAGCGGCGCUGUCCACUGAUGCUUCCCAGCUCGUGUCCGCAUUAAAGCGGGCAGCAGCUCUACACGCUCAUUGCGCCGGAAUUGGAAAUUCGGUCUCUAGGCGGCGUGGACUCCACGUGGAGUUCGCUGUAAAAUGUGAGGUUAUAGGGGUUCUAGUUACCUUCUCUCGUGCGGUAUUUGCGUUGUGAGAGAUCGGUGCGCGCUGACUGUACGAAGUCAAUUAAUCUGAAUAGCACCAGACAGCAAAGUGUGAGAAGCAUUAUUAGAAGAAGAGAAAGAAACUCAUCCAUAUGCAUCGGGUUCACGAGCUCCCUCUGGAUGUUUGAAUACGUAUAAGGCCAUGAAUAAAAUCAUCCUUGACAAUGCAUGUGAUUUUGCUUAGUGCCUGGGAAAUAUUUUGCCUUUUGGACUGCAGCCUUGAGCGGCACUAUACAUGGACAUUAACACAUUUAGCGCAGACUGGCCAAGGCAAUUUGCAUAACUGAAAACUGCCCCCUUUUGUUUGACAUUUUUCCAGCGAUGGCUCUGAGCGGGGAAGAGGACUACGCUUAUAUUUACAACGAUCUUUCUCACCCUGAGGAUUUCCUGCAGGCUUUCAGAACAUUUUACCGGGAUGGCUUAUUUACUGAUAUUACUCUUAAAUGUGCUUCUGGUGUGAUAUUCCUUUGCCACAAAGCUGUUUUAGCUGCGUGUAGCAAUUAUUUUAAGGCAAUGUUCACUGCUGAUAUGAAAGAAAAAUCUAAAAAUCAGAUCAAACUUCCCGGGGUCAGCGACACUAUCCUGGAGGCUCUUGUGAAUUAUUCAUACACGUCACAGAUCAAAAUAACAGAGAAAAAUGUUCAAACUCUCCUCCAAGCUGCGGAUCUCCUCCAGUUUGUGUCUGUAAAGAAAGCCUGUGAGCAGUUUCUGGUAAGGCAUGUAGAUAUUGUGAACUGCAUAGGGAUGCACUCCUUUGCAGAGCAUCAUCUUUGUUCUGAGCUAGAGAAAGAAUCUAGAAGGAUAUUGUUAUCAAGAUUUGAAGAAGUGUGGAGGCAGGAAGAAUUUCUAGAAAUCAGCAAUGAGAAACUCCAGUUUAUUCUCUCCAGAGAGAAUCUCAAUAUUUGGAAAGAAGCAGCAGCCAUAGACCCUGUGGUUAAAUGGAUAGCACAUGAUGUGGAGAAGAGAAUUGAAUGCAUUUUUGACCUGCUGACCUGCCUUAAAAUAGAUUUAAAUGAAAUGUAUUUAAGAUCAGCCUUAAGCUUGUGGAAGAAAUGCCAGCUUAAUGAAAACAAGAUAAGGUCUCUGAUAUACAGUGCAUUAAACACCAACCCAAAAGACAUUCUCAAAAGGCCCACAGCAGCUAUGUAUGUUAUUGGAGGAUAUUACUGGCAUCCUUUAUCAGAAGUCCAUGUGUGGGAUCCUUUAACUUAUGCUUGGAUUCAGGGAACCGAGAUGCCUGAUCAUACAAGGGAGAGCUAUGGAGUCACUAGUUUGGGACCUAACAUUUAUGUAACAGGGGGCUAUAGAACUGACAACAUAGAAGCCCUUGAUACUAUGUGGAUAUAUAAUAGUGAAACUGAUGAAUGGACAGAAGGCUGUGCCAUGCUUAAUGCAAGGUACUAUCAUUGUGCAGUUACCUUGAGCGGCUGUGUCUAUGCUUUGGGGGGCUACAGAAAAGGGGCUCCGGCACAAGAAGCAGAAUUCUAUGAUCCUUUAAAAAAGAAAUGGGUUCCCAUUGCAAAUAUGAUCAAAGAAUAUGGAUUGUGUUCCAUUGCCUUACAAAACAAGCUCUAUAUUGUGGGUGGACAGACUGCAAUCACCGACUGCUAUGAUCCAGAACAAAAUGAAUGGAAGGAGAUGGCACAUACAAUGGAAAGAAGGAUGGAAUGUGGUGCAGUUGUCAUGAAUGGAUGCAUCUAUGUAACAGGAGGAUAUUCCUAUUCAAAAGGAACAUAUCUGCAGAGUAUUGAGAAGUAUGAUCCUGAGCUUAAUAAAUGGGAAGUAGUUGGCAGUCUUCCUAGUGCUAUGCGUUCACAUGGUUGUGUCUGUGUAUACAGUAUCUCAUGAUCUGAAUAUCAUCUGUCAUGACAGAUAAGCAAAUACAGUAUCUAUACCAGUACAGAGUAUCUCUUCAGCAAUGUAUUUAUUAUAAUCCACCUGUGACAGUAUAUUACAUAAUUUCAUUUUAUAAAUAUUCAGCAGGUAUUGUUUGUCAUAAAGGUUUCAAAUCAUUUUUACAAAAUACACUUCCUAUGGACAAUAAGAAAUAUAAAAAGAUUAAUUUGUAUUAAUUAACCCCUGGAGGGAACCGUGCUUAAGAUUUUGUCACAUUGCUAAGAGGACUAAGAAAUACAAGACUUCUAUGGACUACUUGAUUUUCAAGUAAAAUAUUUAAUAAUUUGAAUGUGGCUAUUAACAUUUACUGUUUAGUUACUGUCACAAGUUGAUUGAUUUGUUAAAAUGUUUUGCUAGUCCACUUUCAAAUCCCCAUACAAAAUAUAGAAGACAUUAUCUCUACUGCUCUAGGAGUAGAAUAAUGCUCUAUAAUACCAAAGAUUCAAGUUGGAGACCUGGUCAUUCCUUUGUUCCUGUACUGAAAAGCUGCCAGGAGCAAAGUGGGAGGCUCUCAAUUGCUCCAAUAACUUAGUCUAAACAAUUCAGGAAUAUGAUCCUAUACAUCUUUUAGAGUGGAAAAAAAUUGGUAGGGAAUCUAAUGGAUUCUUUGGAGGGGGGAGGGGUACAAACAUCUCAGGUCAGUCUAGAAAAAUAUAAUUAUAUGAUAGUUUUCUCACCAGGAUCUCCAAAAGUACUAACCCAUGAUUUGGGUACUACAGUGCACUGAGGCAAACAGCACCCGCACAAACUAAGCAAAAAGUUUGAGAUAGAAUACUGACCGGGAUUAGGGAUUUAUCUAUUACACUUUUCAGAAGUGUGAUAUGAGAUCUUUAAUGGACAGCUGUCUGUGAUGGUCAGAAAAAAAGAUCAUUUUAACUAUCUUACAAUGUAUUAUGAUCCCUAGAUUGCAGCAAAGUAGUUACAAUACAGCAUAAAAUACUGAAUACAGUCUACAUGAAAGAUUUGAACCCAUAACCUUCUGACUCAGGUAUCAUUCUUAGAAAUGUUUUGAUGUAUAAAUGUAUUCUGUCACAUCUCUGGGAGCAUAUACAAGAUUUAACUUUUGUUAAACUGCAUUUGCCUUAGGGAUGUAAACAUAAAUGGUUAACGUAUGAGCCUCUAGCAGCAGUGCAGGGAAGAGGAGCAAGUAGCUCCAUAGGGGCUGGUGCACAUGGGGAGCCAGCUUUUAAGCUCCUGCCUGCUAGCACUGGCUCCUGCCUGUUGUCCCCCCCACCCGCUAUCUCAGAGAGGCAACAACUCAGGGGAAGAGGAUGGGAGGCAGCUCCAUGGAGGUCAUUACAUCUGCUCUGGCAGAGCAAUCUCCCUCUCCCCAUACAAGUACCUGCUGAAAAAUUAAGUGGAUAUAUGUUUACCAAAAUAAACAUAUUUUAACAUCUCUAAUUUGGUUGAGUAUAGAUCAUUGCUUCAGAAGUUUUUAUGAUGUGCAAUUUCUGUACUUUGAUCAUGGGGAGUUUAAUUUAAUAUUGCUUGUCUUUUGCAUGCCAUGCACCUGGAUGUCAUGAUAUUUUAUACAUUCAAUAAUUGAAAUAAAUACACACUAACCUCACAGGGCAAUUAUUAUUAUGCCCACUUUUGUUUUCUUUUAAAGUAUUGCCACCCUAGUAUUUGAACACCUGAUAAAAUUAAAAAUACUUUAUCUUAAAAAAAAAUCUUCCCACUCAUAAAGCCACAGGCUACAUCUAGACUGGCAUGAU